UUUGUCAUAAUAAAAUAAUAAAAUAAACUUUUCAUUUUAUACAAAAAUUCGGGAAAUAUUUUUUUGAACAUAUCAAAUCGCUAAAAAAUGUUAGAAGGUUGGUACUGUAGAACUUUAAAUGAGCAAGCUUCUCAAAAUCAACCAAAUGAAGAUGAUUCUUCAGACGAAGAUAGUCAAAAUGAAAAUGAAGGACCGCCGGCUUAUAACAAUAAUCAUGAUAUCGAUUAUAAAUCGCAGUACAAAUAUUUAAAACAGAAACUAAAAUAUUUAAUAUAUGAAAACGAAUCUUUUCAAGACGCCUUACGUUCAAGCCAAAGACGUUUGUUAAAAAUAUCGCGCGAUAGGUCAUUUUUACUAGAUCGUUUACUACAAUAUGAACGUCCAUCUGGUUCAGAAACCGAAGAAACGGAAUCUUCAGGUGAUGAAAAUUUAAAAAAUGAAUCCAAAAAACGUAAGGUAGAUGAGAAUGCUGUGAAAACCACAACGGCAGGUUCUGGCCGAGGGCGAAAACGAAAAAAUGCUCAACAGCCUUCAAAACCAAAAGUAAUGAUAACCUCUAAUAACAACAGUAUUCUAAAUAACUCAACAAAUGAAGGACAUGUAACUACAGAAGAAGUGGAACGUCAUCUUCAAUCAAGACAGUUCAUGGAAUUACCAGAACGAGCACCGCCUACAGUGCCAAAUGAAAUGUUUAGUAACGAACCGUCUUUAGAUAGUGAAUCAAAUGAUCCUACAGUAGAAACAUCUCCAAGCAAUGUUGGGGAAGAUUGCAUAAAUAACGAAAAUAUGACAAGAAAUGAAUUCAAUAGUUGAAAGAUGUUUUCAUAAUAUAGAUAUUAAAUUAAUAUUCUUCACAAGACUUAUAUUCUAUUGAAUAUUUUGAUAUUUCAAGAUCUUAGACAGGAAGAUCGAGUAAAAACAACUGUGAAGAAGUAUUAUUUAUGGAGGUUUUAAAUAAAUUUCUA